CUUAUUCGCUCCCACAUCCACCACCAUCUCUACCGCGCCGCACCCAGCUCCAGCUCUAGCAGCACCAUCUCUACCGACGCACCCACCUCCUCCUCCUUGGUGAAGGCCGGCCGCGCCACUGCACGAGCACACACGAACGCACAGAGACGGGUGGCCGCCGUACCGACGCCCGCGCCUCCAGGUAGACUAGACUACUACUAGUACCUGGCAGGGGGCUGCUCCAUUGCCGGCACAUCAUCAGGAAAAAGAAGGGAGCUGUGCUAAAAUUUCUUGGAGGGGAGGGGGUAGAGAUGACGUUUGGUAGCGCCGACAUGGAGGCCGGCGGCGGCGGCGAGCGCCGCCACGGACAACAGGAGGAACAGUCAUCCGACGAGCGGCGCGCGCGGUUCGCGGAGGACUGGGGCUGCUGCGCCUGCGCCUGCGCGGGGCUAUUCCUGGGGCCCAACCCGAUGGUGGCGCGCUACAUGUACGCGCUCAUCUUCCUCGUCACCAACCUCCUCGCCUGGACGCUCCGCGACUACGGCGACUCCGCGCUCGCCGAGCUGCAGCGGCUGAAGGUCUGCCAGGGCGCGCUCUACUGCCUGGGCGCGGAGGGCGUGCUGCGGGUCAGCCUCGGCUGCUUCGUCUUCUUCUUCGUCAUGUUCCUGUCCACCGUGAAGGCCAGGAAGGUGCACGACUGCCGCAACUCGUGGCACUCCGAGUGGUGGCCGGCCAAGCUCGCCCUCUGGCUCGGCCUCACCGCCGUCACCUUCCUCGCGCCGUCGCCGCUCGUCCAGCUCUACGGGAAGGUGGCGCAUUUCGGAGCAGGGGCUUUCCUGGUGAUCCAGCUGAUCAGCGUCACCAGGUUCAUCAUGUGGCUCAACGACUGGUGCCGCGCAGAGAUGACCCAGAAGAGAUACCACUUGCAGAUUCAGGCGGUGUCCAUCGUCACGUACGUGGGGUCGCUCCUGGGGAUCGUGCUCAUGUACGUGUGGUACGCGCCCAGCCCGGCCUGCAGGCUCAACAUCCUCUUCAUCACCGUCACGCUGGCGCUCGUGCAGCUCAUGACCUUCGUCUCCAUGAGCUCCAAGGUGAAGGCAGGGUACGUGGCGCCGGGGCUGAUGGGGAUCUACGUCGUGUUCCUGUGCUGGUCGGCGAUCAGAAGCGAGCCGCACACGGAGGUUUGCAACAGGAAGGCAGAAGUCGCCACGAGCGCAGACUGGGUGAACAUCGCGAGCUUUGUGAUCGCCGUCGUCGUCAUCGUGGCGGCGACCUUCUCGACGGGGAUCGACUCCAAGUGCCUCCAGUUCAAGCAGGCGGAGGGGGAGUCGGAGGAGGAGGAGGAGGACGACAUCCCCUACGGCCUCGGCUUCUUCCACCUGGUGUUCUCCAUGGGCGCCAUGUACUUCGCCAUGAUCUUCGUCGGCUGGAACGCGAACGCGAGCCACACCAUGGAGAGGUGGACGAUCGACGUCGGGUGGGCGAGCACGUGGGUGCGCGUCGGCAACGAGUGGCUGGCGGCAAUCGUGUACAUAUGGAUGAUGAUCGCGCCCGUCAUCUGGAAGACGAGGCAGGUGGGAUCGGCGGCGGAGACGUGAGCAGUUUUUCCGCUGAUUCUGAGUUUCUGACAGCCGGAAUCUAUAUAUACAUACAAACACAAGAGCAAAUCAAAGGGACGGGAAACGGGAAGAGGUGGUGCGUGCUAACUCCUAUGCAUCGCAUUCCUGGAUGUUCAUUGGUCAAUGAUGAUGCUGCACUGCUGCAGCUCGGGUAGUUUUUGCUAAGCUGGAGGUGCAGCAGACAAGACAACAAGAAAGAGGAGGCAACUAAGGAGUAGUACUAUACUGAUGCCACUAGUCCAUCGUGGAGCUCGGUUCAGGAAGCUCAUCGAUCUCGUUGUACUUGUACCGAACUAUCUCAAAAAACAUAGUGCCUGUUUGUCUGGAUUGCUGCUCGGCCACAAGCACAGCUGUCUGGCCCGGGGCACCAUCCAAACAAUCCCAUAUAGAGCGUGUUUGGACGCAGUCAUGCGCUUGGGUUUUGCUUUUGCCUGUCUGUGCCCGGCAGAUUCAUGGGCCUGUAAGCAAACACGUCCCAAUUAUCUGAACUCGGAAUUAUUUACGCCUCGGCAAGAUUCAUCAACUCAAUUUUUUUG